GCCACAUCGGGGAAUCAACCGCACCACCGAAGCGCGCUGGGGGCUGGGGAGAAUGGCCUCCAGGCGUUGCAGUUGGAUAUUUCGCCAGGCCGUGGCGGCUGCGCUGCUCUGUGCAGUCGUGCUGAGGAAUGCCCCGGGCUUUGCUGGGCCUGCAACUUUUGCCCCAAGGCCAAGGAGCGCUCGAGGCGCUUCCUCCCGGGGCCUGUUGCGCGCGGCCGCUGCAGGCAUCGACUUCGACUGGUUCUUGGAUCUGACACGGCUCUUCGAGCGCACCAAGAUGCCGACCGACAUUUGGCAGGCUACCGCUGGCCUGAAGGAGCUGGGAGUGGACGUGGAUGAGCUGGCGGAGAUUUUGGAUGCCAAGAGGAAGAGGUGGGAGAAGGACCGCUUCUUGCAAGACCAAGAGCUCCCGGAAUACUUCAUGGACUUUGCCCUCGCUCUCCACACGUACACUCUGAAGAGCCCCUCGGUGUACAGUAAGAUCAGUCGCUUGCUGAACGAUCCAGACCGCCGGAAAGAUGUGAAGUCUCCGAAGAUGCGAGCGGCCAUGACCUUCGUCAAGUUCAUGGACGUUGCCUUGGGGGCCCUGCCCGAAAAGUUUCUCUUCCAGCCAGCAGGUGAGGCAGUGCUCUAUAGAGGAGUGAAAGGCUUUGUGCAUGAAGACCUGGAGGGGACGUUCGAGGCAGGAACAGAGAUCUGCUGGUACACCUUCAAAUCCAUGACGUCUGACAAAGAGCUCAUGAGGAAAGAUUUGUUCUGUGGCCAGCGGGGAAAGCGAAUGCUCUACUUGAUCCGCGGCGGCAGGGGCAAGCUCAAAUCCAUCCAAGCCUUUUCGCGCUUUCCAGAGGAGAAGGAGCUUCUGGGCCGGCCUUUGCAACGGCUGAUAGUGACAAGAAGCCAGAAGCGGAGCUGUGAAGAUGGGGACCCCUUCGUGUUUGCCGACAGUUUGGAGCUGAAGCUGCUGCCGAAUGAGCUGCCCCGCAGCAACCUGGAUGCCGCGCGUGCCUGGGUCUUGGCGAACCAGUUGGAUCCCAAAGCGUGGCUGGCCCUGGCGGAGUGUGGAACUGCUGCGGGGUGGUCGGUGGUUGUUCAUGGCCGGAACAAGACCGUGCGGACGUGCCUGGAACGGGCCUUGGCCCUGGAUGCCACGCUGCCAGGUGCUUGGCGGCGCUUGGCGGAUGCGGGCGGCGGCACGGUGAGCGGCAGGACAUACAGCGAGGAGGAGUGCCGAGACCGGGGGAGGGCGCUGGACCUGUGCCGGGCUGGGCGGUUUUUGGAAGCGCUGGAAGUGGACUUGACCUGUGACUUCGCCUGGAACUGUUUGGGGGUUUCAGGUGGUGGCACUGUGGACGGCCGGAGCUUCAGGGAAAAGGAGUGCUUUCUGCGGAGCUUGGAGCUGAAUCCGAAGAACAACGAUAUGGUUUGGAUUAAUUUAGGACGUGCAGGGGGCGGCAUUGUGGACGGCCGGAGCUUCAGCGAACAGGAGUGCUACUUGAGGAGCUUGGAGCUGAAUUUAAAGAAUGAUAUUGCUUGGAGCAAUCUAGGAUUUGCAGGUGGUGGCACUGUGGACGGUCGGAGCUACAGCAAAAAGGAGUGCUACUUGAGGAGCUUGGAGCUGAAUCCGAAGAACGAUAUGGUUUGGAUUAAUUUAGGACAUGCAGGGGGCGGCAUUGUGGACGGCCGGAGCUACAGCCAAAAGGAGUGCUACGUGAGGAGCUUGGGGCUGAAUCCGAAGAACGCUGCGGCUUGGAGCAAUUUGGGAUGUGCAGGGGGCGGCACUGUGGACGGCCGUAGCUUCAGCGAACAGGAGUGCUACUUGAGGAGCUUGGAGCUGAAUCCAAAGAACGAUAUGGUUUGGAUUAAUUUAGGACGUGCAGGGGGCGGCAUUGUGGACGGCCGGAGCUUCAGCGAACAGGAGUGCUACUUGAGGAGCUUGGAGCUGAAUUUAAAGAAUGAUAUGGCUUGGAACUGUUUAGGAUGUGCAGGGGGCGGCACUGUGGACGGCCGUAGCUUCAGCGAACAGGAGUGCUACUUGAGGAGCUUGGAGCUGAAUCCAAAGAACGAUAUGGUUUGGAUUAAUUUAGGACGUGCAGGGGGCGGCAUUGUGGACGGCCGGAGCUUCAGCGAACAGGAGUGCUACUUGAGGAGCUUGGAGCUGAAUUUAAAGAAUGAUAUGGCUUGGAACUGUUUAGGAUGUGCAGGGGGCGGCACUGUGGACGGCCGUAGCUUCAGCGAACAGGAGUGCUACUUGAGGAGCUUGGAGCUGAAUCCAAAGAACGAUAUGGUUUGGAUUAAUUUAGGACGUGCAGGGGGCGGCAUUGUGGACGGCCGGAGCUUCAGCGAACAGGAGUGCUACUUGAGGAGCUUGGAGCUGAAUUUAAAGAAUGAUAUGGCUUGGAACUGUUUAGGAUGUGCAGGCGGCGGCAUUGUGGACGGCCGGAGCUUCAGCGAGCAGGAGUGCUACUUGAGGAGCUUGGAGCUGAAUCCGAAAAAUGAUAUGGCUUGGAGCAAUUUUGGAUGUGCAGGGGGCGGUACUGUGGACGGCCAGAGCUUCACAGAAAAGGAGUGCUUCUUGAGGAGCUUAGAGCUGAAUAAGAAGAACGGUGAAGCUUGGAUAUGUUUAGGAUGUGAAUGGGGCGGCACUGUGGACGGCCGAGACUACAACGCAGUGGAGUGUUUCAGGGAGGGCUUCGAGCGCUGCUUGAAGAGUGGUCUAGGAGUUUGUGGGCGCAAGAAAUUGAGUUUGUGGAUGAUGCAAGCACUUUUAGGUGUCUUGAUUUUGCGUCAAGCAUUUUUUCGGCAAUUAUUGUGAACCACAUUUCCAGGCGCGUUCAGGGUGUUAUGGGCAUGUGAAAUCUUCUGGAGCGCUCCCAGACGCCGCGAAGCGCUGCCAGAGAUGCGGG